AUGGAUGCUUCAGUGAUAGAAGUCCUUCGACAAGCAGGUAGUCAAGAUCCAAAUAUUUUAAAACCUGCUGGACGAUUAUUAGAACAGUGGAAAACUGAAAGAGGAUUCUAUAUUACAUUAUUUAACGUAUUUUCUGAUCAUUCCUUGACUGUCAAUGUUAGAUGGAUGGCUAUUGUGUGUUUUAAAAGUGGUGUUGAUAGAUAUUGGAGAAAGAAUGCACCAAAUGCAAUUGCAGAGGAUGAAAAAGAAUUUCUUAGACAACGUUUAAUAUCAAAUUUUGAAGAGCCUGUAAAUCAAUUAGCUCUACAAUUGGCAGCUCUUAUUGCUAAAAUUGCAAGAUACGAUUGCCCUAGAGAAUGGGAUACAUUAAUUCCAACAUUACUGAAUGUUGUAAGAGGACAGAAUCCCUUAGCUCAACAUCGAGCACUGUUAACAUUGCGCUAUGUUGUUAAAGCUUUAGCUUCUAAAGUUUUUCCUGCAGACAGACAACUUUUCCGAGAAUUGACCAGUAAUGUGUUCAAUUUUAUUUUGAAUUUAUGGAACACCUAUACUGAAUCUUUCUUCAUACUGGCAUCAAACGGAGCAGAUACAAAUCAGAUACAAGAAGCUUUAGAAAAAGCAUUACUUUUAUUGAGAAUACUUAGAAAACUUAUUGUGCAUGGGUUCGGAAUAGUUUCUGAAUCACAAGAUGCUAUGUUAUUCUUAGAAAUUGUGUAUGAACGUGCAAGAACUGGCCUUGAGUGUCGAAAGACUUUAAUCUCGAGGGGCAUACAACUGGAAGCAUGCGACAAAUUUAUAAUUCUCUUGAUAAAAGUGCUAAUAGGAGUGGAUGAAAUGCAUCGGGAAUGCUGUAUUGAACUACUAUCAACCACCUUAAAAUUCACCGUUUUUUACUGUUUCACAGAAGCUGGUCAAAAUUUAGCUUUUGAGAAAUUUAUUAUUCAAUGUUUUAAUUUAUUAAAACGCAUGUUACAAAUUUCUACAUAUGAUCCAGAAGUUAUAGCUUUAAACGAACGUGAUGUUAUUGCAUGGGCACACAGAGGGAUCAAAGUGAACAAAGUACAAAGAGAAAUUUUUACUCCUGAUACGUUAACUGAAAUCUGUUCAAGACUUGUAACACAUUAUUUCCUCUUAACACCUGCUGAGUUGGAGUUAUGGGACACAGAUCCAGAAAACUUCUUUGUUGAUGAUGUAGGAGAAACAUCGAAAUACAGUUUAAGGCCUUGUACAGAAUCUGUAUUUGUCGAAAUUUUUCAUCAGUUUAAAGACAUUCUUACACCAGUUUUGGUUGAUUUGAUGCAAAGGCACCAUCAACCUGUUGACUCUGAUAAUUUGCACGCUAUUUUAUUGAAAGAUGCAGUGUACAAUGCUGUUGGUUUGGUUGCUUUUGAUUUAUAUGAUGAGGUAAACUUUGAUCAAUGGUUCUCUACCACUUUGAAAGAAGAGUUGAAGAUUCGAAGUAACAAUUAUAGAAUUAUUAGAAGACGCGUAUGUUGGCUUAUUGGACAAUGGACAACUGUCAAAUUGAGCACAGAACUCAGACCAAAGGUAUACGAACUUAUGGUGGAGGUUUUGAGUCCAGAUGAAGAUUUGGGUGUUCGUUUGGCAGCAAGCGAUGCCUUGAAACUAGCUAUAGAUGAUUUUCAAUUUAAUCCAGAAGAGUUUUCUCCUUAUUUAGAACCAACGUGUUCAUUAUUGUUUUCUCUCCUAAAGGAAGUAAAAGAAUGUGAUACCAAGAUGCGCGUUCUAUAUGUUUUAUCAUUUAUGAUUGAACGUGUUGAAAGCGAAAUAAACCCGUAUGUUGGAGUUCUCAGUUCGUAUCUACCAGCUCUAUGGCAACUAUCCGAGGAACAUAAUAUGUUGAGGUGUACUAUAAUUUCAACACUAAUACAUUUAGAAAAGGCCUUAGGUCGUGAAAGUGUUAUAUUACAACCCCUGGUGGUAGGUGUUGUUGCAUUCAGUUGUGAUGUCCAUCAGGAUGAACAUGUUUAUUUGUUAGAAGAAGGAUUGCGAUUAUGGUCAGCUUUGUUGGAAAAUACACCUGCACCAACACCUGCCAUAAUGGAUUUGGCCAAGAAUAUACCAGCAUUGUUAGAACAAUCUGUGGAAUAUUUCAAAAUAUGCCUGUAUAUAGUCGAAGAAUACAUAAUACUAAGUCCACAAGAAUUUUUAAAUCAAAGGGGAGCAGUUAUAGUUGAAACUCUUAGGUCGAUUAUGAGUGAUUUGAGAACGGAAGGACUAUUGAUGGUUUUGCCAGUAUAUGAAACAUUCAUGUGUGCUUGUUCUCGGCAAGGUGCAGAACUGAUCAAACCUGUUUUAUUAACUAUAUUCGAGAAUGUGUAUACGGAAGAUGAAUCUGUAUUAGUGAUGAAUAUAUAUCUAACGAUUAUGGCAAGAGUUUUAUGGUUUUAUAAAGAUAUUUUUAUACAGAUACUAAGUGAACUAACCAGAAAAAUAGGCGGAAACGAACAAAGUGAGGAAGCUGUUCUUGGACAUUUAAUACGUGUAUGGGUUUUCCAUAUGGAACUCACCUUCCAGACAGACAGACGUAAAUUGUUAGCCCUUGCACUUUGUUCACUCCUUGGAGCUAACAGUCCUCCGAGUGUUCUUGAGCAUUUCCCACAAAUAAUACUAAAUAUUGUCGAAACUCUUAAUGAUAUAACCAAAUCUGAUAAUUUAGAAUAUGACUUUAUAAGAUUCGGCAUUGAUUCGUUAACACUUGGCGAACAAUCGAAUUCACCGCCAUAUGUAGAUGAAGACUACGGCAGUGAACAUGAACAGCGAAAAAGAAGACUUGCUUUCAAUGACAUUGUGACCUCAAUAUCUUUGAAAGAUACAUUACAAAAUCAGUUACUUACAUUAAGAGGAUUAGUUGGCGAUGAUCAGUUCAAUCAAAUGAUGUCAACUCUCAAACCAGAAAUUGAUGAGCAACUUAAGUUUUAUAUAUCUCUAUGAAAGAGGAGUAAGUCACAUAAGGAAGAAGAGAAAAGAAUGGGUCGAUUCAGUCAAUCGCUAUACUACGUGUAAAAAAAGCUUUACAGCGCUCUACUGUAAAACGGCACUAUUUUAUUGUAUAAU